AUGGAGGUAUUACCCAAAAAAGGAAAGAAGGCGUGUACUAUGUGCCGCCAGCAAAAGGCCAAGUGUGAUGUCUGGCGGGAUGAGACUAAAGCGUGUUCCCGAUGCCGAGACCGCAACCUCGAAUGCACCAUAGAUGACAGCUUCACAAGAGAGCACAAGCGUCGCCGAUACAUGGCAUUAGAACACGAGAAUAAGCGGUGGCGCCAACAACUACAGAGCUCACAGCAGUUGAACUCCGAUUCCGUGCCGAUUGCGUUGCCCACAGCGACAACGGAAUUAGGCGUCCCGGCCGUGCUGAAGUCAGAUGGUCAAGUGGACGAUUCGCAGGGUUUGCCGCUACCCUAUCCCCAAUAUCCUCUUGCACCAGCGAGCUCCACAUCGGGUGUGAUGAUGGGAGGGGAUGAUCCGACGAAGCCCCGUUCACUGAAAAGCCUUACCGUUACAGGCGCAGAGAUUGAUGACCUUUAUCAAUUAUUCUUCCAUCAUUAUGCCUCUUUCCUCCCGAUCCUCGAUGCGCAGACCAAGCCGAAUGCGUACUACGCGCAGUCUCCAUUCCUGUUCUGGGCCGUCAUCGGCGUAGCGAGUCGAUCAUAUUCCCGAAACCCGACUUUGCAGACUGCGCUGGCCCAGGAAGUCACGGAAAUGGCAUUUCUGUCGGUCAUGUCGACGUGCGCGCCGUGGCACAUCAUACAGGGACUAUUGCUCCUGCUGACAUGGCCGUUUCCCAAGGAGAAUCGCCCAGAUGUGACAUUUCCUCUCAGCGGCAUGCUUUUGCAUGUAGCGAUGCAAAAUGGGUUCCAUAUCCCGAUGUCGAGCCAUGAAUUUUCCCGGGCGAAGAUUCCGGCCCCAUCGGAGUUGGAUAUGGUCCGGCGCUCAGAGCUCUGGGCUCAUUGUGUGCUGGUGUACCAACGAUCUUGUGUGAUCAAAGGGCAGUCUCCGCAAAAUCUGUUCAGUUUGGCACAGGAUACCAUCCAACGCCAGGUACUAUUUGAUAAGAUUGCCCCGGAUCUGGUUCAGAAACUCAAGUGCCAGGAUGUCGUUGGGAGAUGCAGCGAGGCAGUUAUGGAGAAUGGAGUUCGUGCCAUGUCUCUGGACCAGGAGCUGGCUUUAGACAUUCUGCUGCGGAAGUAUGAGGGAGAGGUAGACGAUAUUGCACUGCAAGCCGUCGAUGACGAGAGGUAUCACAUUCUCCUUUGUCGUAUGUCAAUCCACAUUUUCCAUUUCUACAAAAAUCAAACCCUCGUCUCUAGUGGAUGUCUUCCACGUCUUAUCGCCACCGCUUGCAACUUGAUAGACUAUGUCCAAGCCUUUGCGGAUCGUAUGGGAGCUCUCUUCAUGGCGCCUAUUCAAAUAAGCUUCGGUCUGCUCCUGGCCUCGAUAUCACUGUUGCGAAUUCUCAAAAGUGAAUAUGCCUCUAGCGGACUCGAUACGAGCCGUGCCCAGGCGUCUUUCUUCGCCGCCAUCAAUUUGGCUAAGCAAAUAUCCACCGACAGAAGCGAUAUAGCUGCUAAAACGAUCACUCUCCUGACUCAACUCUGGAAUAGCAGCAAGGCAUUCCGCAAAUCCGAUGGCUCGGAAUAUACCGUACUUCGAAUUCGAAGUCGCUUGAUCCUCAGUCAGAUCUUGGAUGCAGUAUGGUGGUGGCGUGAUGAAUAUGACCCUAAUGCGCGCAUGAAGAUGCAAGCGUUGGAGUCUGUUGACGGUCCUUCCCGAACCAACAUGCUUCCAGGCAUUGAGGCAGGGCGUGCUAUGACGGGAACAGAUCCCGCUCGGGAGCCCGCUGGGGGAAUUACUCAGAACUUGGGUCAUUUGCAAGGAGAGUUCGAGAUCAACGAGGAUUACUUUACCAACUUUGAGUGGCUGAGUGAUGAAAUUUUCUCAUUUCCUCCGGAUUCAUUGUUAGCAACCAACUUACCGUGA